UUUCUAAUUUAGUUGACUUUAACUACUGAGCUUAACUAAGCAAUCUCUACUUACAUCGCAUUCCCCCAUCUUCCCCUUUCAAUCUCGCCCGCUAAUCUCCCUUCCCUUUCAAUCUUCUGCCACUUUAUCUUUCCAAAUUUCUCCUUGUUUCUCUAUUUUAUGUCCAAACACUCACUCUCCUCUUUCAUCUCACCAUCCAUGUCUCUCUUCUUUCCUCUGUUUCUCUUUCUUUCAAUUUCUUCUACUUCUUCCUUUCCUUUUGAUACCAGCUUCCACAUUGAUUGCGGUAGCGCAACCGCCACUGUCGAUCCUUUCAACACUACAUGGAUUGCCGAUAGCUACUACACCGGUGGGGCCACUGCUAUUGUCUCCGAGCCGUUACACUUCCGUUUCCCUCAAGAGAAGACUCUCCGUUUCUUUCCCCUCUCCUCCGGCAAGAAGAACUGCUACAUAAUUCCCAAUUUGCCUGCUGGUCGAUACUACAUCCGUACGUUUACUGUUUACGAUAAUUAUGAUGGGAAAUCUCACUCUCCCAGCUUCGACGCGUCUGUGGAGGGCACUUUAGUCUUUUCUUGGCGGUCCCCUUGGCCCGAGGAUUUGGCUCGUGAUGGAGCUUACUCCGAUCUCUUCGCCUUCGUCAAAGACGGUGAACUUGAUUUCUGUUUUUACAGUUUUGCUACUGACCCUCCCGUCAUUGGCUCACUUGAAAUUCAACAAAUCGAUCCGUCGUCUUACGGCGCCACUGACAUCGGUAGCGACCACAUUUUAGUCAACUACGGUCGAUUGUCCAGCGGGUCAAACCAGUGGGGGCCGGGGUUCAGUGACGAUACGGAUGAUUUCGGACGCUCCUGGCAAUCUGACACCGUAUUCCUAUCACAAAAUACAAAAAAGUCAGUCAAGUCUGUGUCUACAAGAGAAAAAAUUGCUAACACUGAUCAACCACCGAAUUACUUCCCCAUGAAACUGUAUCAAACAGCAAUCAUAUCGAGCAAAGCUAUUGAAUACGAAUUGACGGUGGAUGCGAAACUUGAUUAUUUGCUUUGGUUUCAUUUCGCGGAGAUUGAUUCGAGCGUUACUAAGGUGGGGCAGCGAGUGUUUGAUGUGGUGGUGAAUGACAAGAAUGUGAGUCGAGUUGAUAUAGUGAAGCAAGUGGGUACCUUCGCUGCUUAUAGUAUGUAUUACGUGGCAAAGAACUUGAGCAGUACUGGACUGAAUGUGAAGCUGGUGCCUGUUGCUGGUGCGGUGCUCAUCUGUGGGCUUGAGAAUUACGCGAUAGUACCCGCUGAUCUCUCGACCAUGCCUGAGCAAGUGGUCGCGAUGAGAGCAUUGAAAGAGUCACUUCGUGUUCCUGACAGAAUGGGUUGGAAUGGUGAUCCUUGUGCUCCCACAAAUUGGGAUGCUUGGGAGGGAAUUACAUGUGGACCAAACAAGGCUGGAACUGCACUUGUCAUAUCACAAAUAGAUCUUGGAAGUCAAGGCUUGAAAGGGACUAUUAGUGACAAGAUAAGUCUCUUGUCAAACCUGGUAACCCUGAACUUGAGCUCUAAUUCUUUGGGGGGUGCUUUACCAGCGGAGUUGGGUCAACAAUCUCUUACACGACUGGAUCUGUCAAAUAAUCUGUUCACAGGAUCUAUACCAAGUAGUCUAACUUCUUCAAAGCUGCAGCUUGUGCUAUUGAAUAAUAACUUGCUGGAAGGGCAGGUUCCAGAGGAACUUUACUCAAUUGGCGUGCAUGGUGGAGAAAUUGACCUCUCUGGUAACAAAGGUUUGUGUGGAGUACCUUCUUUGCCGUCAUGCCCUUUUUUUUGGGAAAACGGUGGCAUAUCUAAAGGCGGUAAAGUAGCAAUAGGGCUAUCGUGCCUUGUAAUUCUUUGUGUGCUUCUGUUGAUCAUAUACAUAUGCUGCAUCAGGCGGGCUAGCAAUGAUUAUGACUUUGGUCUACCACAAGAUUUGAUGUCACUUGCAGCAAAGAGAAACAGAUAUCAAAGGCAGAAAUCAUUGAUGCUUCUUGAAAUGGAAAGCCAACAUGCAAAAGGACCGUCAUCACUUCCACUAAAUCCACACUAAGAUCUGGUCAAAAAAGAAGUACAGUCUUGAUGUUGAUAGUGUGUCACUCACCAACAGAACACAGAGAAGAGAUGCUGAAUAUGAUUGAUUUGAACUAACUACUAAAUGCUCAGGUGAUGUGUAUUGCUGCUUUCCAAACAAGGUAUUCAUCAAUUUGGCUUCGUUCAAUGAUUUCAACCAAAAUGGGGUCGUCGUCUUUUGAGAGUCACAAAAUCUGAAAAAUACAAUGCAUCUCACUUUUUAUCCUUAUCAAGAAAACCAUUAGCCCUCAUAUGUAUCAUUACCACUUUGCGGCAUUUUUGAUGAAUUAUAUAUAUACAUGUUGUAAAUUCAUUCUUCAGUGCAUCUAAAUGCCACCACAUAUUUAUUCCAACUGGACCCACCUUCAUAAUUUCUCCAUGAUUAACUUCAUGUCACUCUUUUUCCAUAUUGUCUCCUA